GCUCAAAGGCUGGUUGACCAGCUGCUGUGGGCGGCGGUAAAAAGCCACACCGUCAAGGUGAACCGAAUUGGGCAGACGCUGCUCUUCGAAGCGGCCCAACAUGUCAGUGGGCAGCAGGCAUUUGAGAUUGGUGCCACUGAAGCGCUGCUGAAACAUGGCGCAGCAAUCGACGCGAGGGACCAGAACGGCUUCACGCCCAUCGUCUGGGCAGCAGAAGCUGGAAAAGUGCGAAUGAUGACGCUGGGUCUGCAGGAAAGGAAGCACCUCGUUCAGAAAGGUGCGACAACAGAUAUGCUGAGCAACAUGGGAGGUGACAUCUUUGCCUCCGCUACAGGCCCAGCUGUAAAGUAUGCGUUGGAGUUGGGCAUGGACCCAAACAGAAUGUUGUCCAAAGGGCAAACAAAUCUUUUCGGUGCUGCCAAGCGUGGCGAUGUCGAGAAAGUGAAGGUCUUAUGUGAGACCCACAAGGCAGAUUUCAACCAUCGAGACGAAUAUGGACAAACAUGCGUCUCAGCUGCAGUUGACAAGGGCCUUUUUUAUGCCGCAGCGCAUGGAGGACUAAAGGUGACAGAUCUGCUACUAGUAAAGUACAAGGCUGAUGCCUUGAUCAAAGACAACUGUGGAAGAACUGCGCUCCAGUAUGUGCGGGAGCUGCAAAAUGCAGACAAACACCAACACGUCGUGAAGUUGCUGGCAGAUGCGGAGCGGAAGCAGCAGAAGGCAAUUGAAGCCGCACAGAAAAAGCAGCGCGCCGCUGCUGCACGAUUGCAAAAACAAAAGGAGAAACUGGCAAAGGCCCAGAAGAAGGCAGAGGAGGUGGCCUUAUUUGAAAUGGGCGAACAGUUUACUCUGGCCAUCACAUUGGCCACAUUCGCCUACAUUAACGACUUCCUCAACCGCCUGAGCGUUUCCGUGACCUUUUUCACCGACUUGGCCAACGUGCGAUUCCCACGGUUCCUUGAGCAAGAGCGAGCUCGAGCUGAGAGAGCCGCAGCUGCGGCCACCAGGGCGGCAGCGGCGUCCUCGAGCUCCAGACGGCGUCCAUCUUCGGCGGAGGAGCCGGCAGCCAAAAGGCAACGCUAUGAGUUUGUUUGCCAAGAGGGACGGCGAAGAAUCCCUCAGGAUUCGGAGAAAUUCAAGCAGAAGUGGGAGGAGGUGAUCGACAAAUGCGAGUUCUUACAGCGCCCCAAUCGAGGGUGGACACUUGGCGCUGGGGAUGUUGACAGUGGAGUGUUGAAGCAGCUCCAGAAACAACCUUUGGCCAUUUCGACUUUGGCAGCGACAUAUCACAUGGACGUAGGCUGGACAGAAACCGGCUUUGUGGUUUGCGGCACCUGGCCGCUCACAGCCGCCAUAGUCACCAAAGCG